AUGUUGGACGGUGAAGAAGCUUUUACAACUGAGAUCAAUAUAUUACCAAAUGCACGUCAUCGAAAUAUCAUCAAGCUUCAUGGGUAUUGUUCACAUGCAAGAUACUCAUUUUUGGUGUAUGAAUUCAUGGAAAAGGGAAGUUUAGCAGACAACUUGAGAGAUGAAGUUAAAGCAUUGGAGUUGGGAUGGAGAAAGCGAGUGACCAUUGUGAAAGGUUUGGCAAAUGCCAUAUUCUAUAUGCACUAUGAAUGUUGUCCUGCUAUAAUUCACAGAGACAUAUCGAGUAAGAAUGUCCUGUUGGAUGAUGAGUAUGAAGCUCACAUUUCUGACUUUGGUUCUGCUACAAAUUUAGAUCCAGACUCAUCAAAUUGGACUUCAUUUGCAGGGACUUUUGGCUACUCAGCCCCUGAGCUUGCUUACACGAUGGAAGUAAAUGAAAAGUGUGACGUGUACAGCUUCGGAGUUAUAACAUUGGAACUAAUCAUGGGAAAACAUCCAGGAGAUCUCAUCUUGUCUCAUUCUGCAUCAUCAUCAUCACUGUCACCAGCUGCUCAUCAAAUUCUGCUUAAGGAUUUAUUGGAUCAACGACUUGCACCACCAAAGCGUCGAGUAGCAGAGGAAGUUGUCUCCAUUGCAAAGCUAGCAUUCUCUUGUCUGCAACCAAGUCCACAAUCUCGGCCAACUAUGAAGGAAGUAUCUGAUAAGCUAUCAACUUCGUUACCAUCUUUAUCAGAAACUCCUCAUACAAUUACAUUGAAGCAGCUGUUUGAUCCCCCAACUUCGACACCCUAAACGGUUUGAUUUAUAACAAUGUCUAAUGUGAUUUUGUUUUUCUACCUACCACUUCAUUUGUCAUACAGCUGUUUUCAUUAUAUGAAACUUCAAUUUAACGAAAAAAUAUAAUUCAGAGGACCAAAAGACAAACACGAAAAAUAAAAAAUCUGUUAGUUAGUAGCUUCUACUAUUCAAUUACCAAAAACAAACUUCCUGUGGAUGUACCUUUUUAUCUGCAUUGUCUUUUUUUGCUGAUUUACCAUCAAAUAUACAAUAUGGUCCAAGGCUAAAGUUGUAGAAGAAGGUUACAUGCACCAUGAAUGCUUAUAUGCUAUGAUUCAUAGAGAUAUAUCAACCAACAAUAUCUUGCUUGGUGAACAGUAUGAAGCUCAUGUCUCUGACUCUGGAGUCUGGAAGGGCUAGUAUUUUAGAGCCUAGUUCUCCAAAUAGGUCUUCUUCGGCUGGAAGCUUUGAUUAUGCAAGCCAUGUUAAAAGAGUCAAAACAGGACAAAAACAGAGUAUCCACUUGCCCUAGCAGUUUGAUGGUCAUACAUCCAGACAAUAUUGUAUACUUUAAUUUAUUAAUUUGAGUAUUUUAUUGGAUUUUA